AUGGCAUCAUUACCUAAGAGAAUUAUCAAGGAGACUGAAAAGUUAGUAAGUGAUCCAGUACCUGGUAUCACAGCAGAACCACAUGACGACAACUUACGUUACUUCCAAGUGACAAUCGAAGGCCCAGAGCAAUCGCCAUAUGAAGACGGUGUCUUCGAAUUAGAAUUGUAUUUACCCGACGACUACCCAAUGGAAGCACCAAAAGUACGUUUUCUAACUAGAAUAUAUCAUCCCAACAUCGAUAGAUUAGGCCGUAUAUGCCUCGAUGUGCUUAAAACUAACUGGUCGCCCGCUUUGCAGAUUAGAACUGUUUUACUCUCUAUUCAAGCCUUGCUGGCUAGCCCCAAUCCUAAUGACCCCCUAGCUAAUGACGUUGCUGAGGACUGGAUCAAGAAUGAAGAAGGUGCCAAAGCCAAGGCUCGCGAAUGGACUAGAUCGUUUGCCAAGAAGAAACCCGAGUGA